AAUUUUAAUUAGGUAUUUAUUACUAUUGUAUUUAGUUUAUGUAUUGAAAUAUAGUUUAUCAUUCAUUUUUUAUGUUGGUGUAAUUGUAUAAUAUGUGACCUUGUAACUUUUAGUUACGAAGAAAUCAUUUAAAAUGGAUCAUUUCUAUGAGUUGCUAAGUGAGCAAAGCAAAUUUUGUCAUCAAAUCGAAUGUUUAAUAUCGUCAAUCGAUCUAAUAAACAACGAUCCCGUAGUUAAAGAACGGCUCGAAAAGCUUAAACAUUCUAUUCAAACCUGUGUGGAAAAUUUUGGACGAGUUUAUAUUUAUGGUUCUCGUUCAUAUGGAAUUGCAAAAGAUGAUAGUGAUGUGGAUUUGUAUUUCGAUACUGGUGAUUGUUUUUCAGGAAAAAUCGCAGAUAAUUACACGCGACAACUACAACUCAUUGAUUUAUUUGUUAAAGCAGCGAAUAAAGAAUUUAUUGGGUUGGAAAUUAUUACAGGAACACGAGUACCAAUAGUACGCUUUACACAUGAUUCCACAAAUUUUAAUUGUGAUCUGCAAUUUAGGAGUGGUCUUGCUGUGCUUAACUCGGAACUUAUCAAAUUAUAUUUAUCCAUGGAUGAAAGAGUACGUUGGGUAGUCAUCGCAGUUAAACAUUGGGCUGGUUCUUUCAAACUGUUAUGUGAUGAUUUUUCCACCUAUUCCCUAAUUUGGUUAGUUUUAUACGUCAUGAUACAAUUUAAAAUUGUUCCACCCAUUAUAGAUUUAUGGAAAUUGCAUCACAAACAUGCACCUAAUUAUACUGAAGGUUGGGAUACACGUAUUUGUUUUAAUCAUGAUCAAUUAAAACCAAAAAUGUCUACCAAAUCAAGUCUUUCAACAUGGGAAUUACUUCGUUAUUUUUUUGAAUUUUACUCAGAUUCAAACUCUAUCAAAUUACAAUACUAUGUACUGUGUCCUGUACUUGGUGAAUUACUUCCAAAAAAAACAUUUUACUCAACAUUUAUAACUAAAGUUAAUGACACGGGAAAUUAUCGAUGUCAAAUUGAGAAGUUUGAAAAAAGUGAAAAUUUGAUAAACUCUAAUUUUGGCAGUUUCAACAGAAUCGAAUUGCAGAACCCAUUGAAAUUAUGUAACAAUGUUAUUCCUUGGCUCAGUGAUAAAAAUAUGAGUUUAUUUAUAGAUUUGUGUACAAAAUCUGCCAACUCAAUGUGAAACACUUUUUUUUUUGUUAAAUUACAUAAUAUUAUAUUAAGUCAAUUUAAAAAAUAUAAUAUUUAAUAAUAAAUACAGUUAUUUAAAUCCAACAACAUUCUAACACUUUGUAUAAUAUACUACCUAUACUCUAUUCUGAUUCUAUAGAUUCCUAUCUAGUAUAUAAUAAUACAUUUUAUACUUUAAUAUUUGGUAAUUUAUAGGUAAGUAAUCUAAUCAAAAAUAUAAUAUUAUUUUUAGUAGGUACCAUUUUCUUGUCUAUAAUAUUUAUGUAGGUACAGUAGAAUUCCGAUUAUCUAGACUAUACAGUUAAUGUCAAGGUUGGUAGGCAAAUUUCCGGAUUAUUAGAAUAUGACAUAUCAAGUUAUAACUUACAUUGUAAUUGUAUGAAUAUAUUGUACGUAUUAAUAUAUUUAUUAUUUAUAUGUAUGUAGUAUAGUUUGACAUUUAUAAUAAUAAACAAAUAAUUGUAUUAUAAUAUUUAACUGAAAACUUAAAGACAAAAUACAAUUACGAUUAUGAUUAAUCAUGAUUUACGAGUUAUUAUAAAAGACCAAUCUUUUUUUCGUCCGGUUAAUUGGACGUUCGGUUGAUUAGCGUUCGGAUAAUCAGAAUUCUACUGUACUUUUUUUACUUAUAAAUUAUAAUUAAAGUUGUGCCAGAGGUACAGAUUGUGUAUA